AAGCCGUCUACUAUAUAUUUCAUUAAUCCGCUUCUCUUGUUAUUUUUCAAUUUCGAUUUGGGUUUCGGGUUUCGGGUUAAUAAUUGAACGAGAUGGGAAAAUCGGACGAAGUGUACAUUUCAUCAUCACAAGAGUUACUCAAGGAUUUCCGAGAAGCAAUGGUUGAAGUGAGAAAGAUGUUGGGAUACUACGUCGACCUUUCGUCUGUGGAGAAAUACCUACCCCCACCACCCUCUGCCUCGUGGGUUUUUUCAUCUAUACCACCUCGUACGGAUCUAAAACCCGAUGAUGGUGAUCUUGAUGAUGCUGACUAUGCUGAUGACGAUGAUGGUUAUGACGAUGGUUAUUGGGAGGAGAUAAACAAGAAAAUUGAAGAGGUAAAAGCUGAAACAAACAAGCUGAUGGAAGAGAUGGUGCAAACAGAGGUAUUGAUGGCGUUCUUGGGGCGAACAGACGCACCAUGGCGGCACUAUCGUUGGGAGAUGAAUUCCAUAAUGGAUGGGUACCACGACAAACUAAUCAAGGCUUUGUCAAUUUAUAACGAGAAAAUGGGUCUGCCACCUUAUGAACCCCGACCACCUGGUGAUGAUGGUCGCGAUGAUGGUGUUCCGCUCUUGUUCAAGAUUUUUCUAAAGAUGGAACAAAAGCGGCAGGAGCUGCUGCAGGAGGAGGAGCUGCAGAAAUAGCUUCCAUGUUCUUGAUUUUAGCUAUCUACUUCCGAUCACUCCGUUUUAAUUUCUCCGUCUUAAAUUAAUAAUAGUAUGUUGGGUCGUUGGUGCCCCUAGUUAGUUAGUGGUAUAUCGCGUUUUCUUUUAUUUAUUUAUGAUUGAUCGGAUCGAAUCUAUUUGGAGUUUGGCAAUAUUUUUCUAA